GCUUUUAUUACCGUUUCCUUUCAAGACAGAGUUCUCCUUCUUUUCCCAGCCUCUUUGGCUAAAGCAGAAAAUAUAACUUAUGACUGUUUUCACUUCAGCACAAGGCAAAGACUGCAGCUCCUGAGGACUUUUGCACGUUAACUGUAGCAUUGAAAUGACAUCACUCCAGCUGUGGCCCCUCCUCCUCCUCCCUUUUCUACUGGUCAACUUCUCCAGCCAAUUAGACGACAACAAGAUCCCGCCCAGUCUGUGUACGGGACACCCAGGUAUCCCAGGUACUCCUGGGGUGCACGGCAGUCUUGGCCAACCAGGAAGAGAUGGGAGGGACGGGCGUGAUUCUGUUCCUGGGGAGAAGGGAGAGAAGGGAGACAGAGGAGAGACGGGCGAGUCAGGCCUUAGAGGCCUCACUGGAGAUCAGGGGAACUCUGGAGAUAAAGGAGACAGGGGGCAGUCGGGGGAGUGCGCCAUCGCUCCCAAAUCAGCCUUCAGCGCCAAGUUGUCCGAGGGCCGCACCAUGCCCGUGGCGGCGGAAGAUGCUGUGCGCUUUGACAAGGUAACGCUAAACGAGCAGGGUGACUUCAACACGGAAACAGGACGCUUCACCUGCAAAGUGCCCGGCGUCUACUACUUUGCGGUCCACGCCACCGUCUACCGGGCCAGCCUGCAGUUUGACCUGAUGAAGAACGGUCACACGAUGGCGUCCUACUUCCAGUUCUAUGGGAACUGGCCCAAGCCAGCAUCUUUGUCCGGAGGCUCGCUGCUGCACCUCAUCCCGGGCGACCAGGUGUGGGUGCAGAUGGCGUUGGGCGAGUACAGUGGUUUCUACUCCAGCUCUAAGACUGACAGCACGUUCACUGGCUUCCUGGUGUACUCGGACUGGAAAAACUCUGCUGUCUUCGCCAAGGGCGAAGUGGUAUAGACAUUGCGGGGACCAAGUCUGGUGUUGUGGCUAGGGGGGGUCCUCCCCCAGAAAAUAUUUGAAAACGUCAAACUAAUUUACUGCCAUUCUACAUGAUUCAUAGCCUCUCUAGAAGGUUUUUAGAAAACUCUGGUCAUUGCAUAAACACAUUAAGCAAGGUUACAGAAAUAGCAGUAGGCUAUGGCACAUACCAUACUGAUGAGUUAUGAUGAGGAAUCAGGUGAACUGUAGUGCUUUCAGCUGUGCUUCAGGUUAGCCAUUUGACUGCUGCUGUGCAAUGGUGAAUCACUUUAAGACUUUCUGACGAUGGCCCUACACGUAUCAUUGUUUUUUUGCCUUUACAAACAAGGAUGGCAUAUGGGGUUUAAAUGAGACAUGUUGGCUCCUGCAAUUGGCAGGAAAUGUGAACAUAAGAAGGUUAUAUGUCCUGUUGUGGUGGAGGUGUAAAGAGGAUUCAACAUGUGUGUGAGCUAUUUAGGGCUUCCAACUGUGACAUCACUGACUGAUGUCAUGAAACUUAGCCAGUACUUUGUGCAAAAAAAAUGAAUUGUUAAAGAAUUCAAACUGAAGCCCUAAAAUACUUUUCACAAUCUUUUUACUUAUGUCUGUGCAACCUUCACUUAUGUCACCAAUAAAAAUGUUAACUUUCA